AUGAGCGAAGAUUCAAGUCAAGUUAUUAAAAAAUGGAUUCAUGCUGUAACACAAAAAAAAUUGGAUGGCAUAAAUGAAGAAAUAAAUGAUUAUAUAAUUGAUUAUACACUGGAAAAUCAUAAAAAACUAUUAUUAAAUUUACUAGUUAAUAUCUGUCAAAUAAGUGGAAAUAUAAACAACGAUGAAAGCCAUAAGUACCUACAAAUAUAUAACUUGACAAAAUCAAUUUGUUCUAAAUUAACAAUAAUCCAUAACACUGAUAAAUAUUUUUCUUCAAUAUAUUAUAUUGUUAAGAAAUUAUUAGAAAGAAAAUUAUUUAAUGAAGCCAAAGUAUUGUCAAGAAAAUUCAUAUCAGAAGGUACGUAUUUUCAUGCACAAUCACCGGAACCAUCAUCAGCAUACGUACAGUUUGAUUCCAUAUGGAAAAAGGAAUUAAAAAGCUAUUUGUUAUCAUUGUCAGAGAGACAAAUUGAAGAUGAUAUUGAUGAGCUAAUAUCAUACAUUUCCCUGCAAAUAAAUUAUAAAAGUUUGAUGAAUUUUGAUAGCUCAAAUUAUUUGCUAAGUGAUGUAAAUGAAUACAUACGUUUAUUGAGUGAUAAACAAUUGAAUAAAAAAUUUAUAGAUAGUAUAAAAAAAAAACUAAUUAUUGAUGAAUUAAAAAAGUAUAAAUUAACACUUGGAGUUAAGUAUAAAUAUCAUACAUUUGAUUUAAUACUUCACAUGAUACAUAAAGUAUUAUUUCCAAUUUGUCAUGAUGAGUUACCAUCAUCAUCAUUGAUUGACAAAUUAUUUGAUAACUUUGAAGCUUGUAUUAUAAUUGACAAUAGCUUAUAUGAACUUUAUAAAUUAUUUCGUUCAAUAUGUGAAAUAUUUAUCAAAAAAAUUGAUGAAUUAACAGAAAAUAUGAUAAUGAGCUUUAAAAAAAAUAAUCAAACUGAUUUAGCUGAUAAUACACUUAAAGUAUUAACAUCAAAUAUUAAUUACAUGAUGGCUGAUAUGGUGUCAUAUUGGUCACGUUAUCGUACAAUAUUAAUGUCAUCAAAUAUUUAUUUAUCAAUAUCAAAAUUUGAAUUACAAUUAUCAGAUAUAAAUAAAAUGAUAAAAAUAAAUCAUUGUACCUGUAAAAAGGAUGCUUGUCGUGUUGAAAAAAAUAUUGAAUGUAGUAUUAAAGAAUCAUCAAGAAUGUUGGUAAUGUUAAUGCAUUUAUGGUCACAUGAAAAUAUGAAAAAUAUAACUCGUGAAAUGGUUGAUAUAUGUUAUUUAAUGGCAAAUAAUUCAAUUGAAUUAAUUAAAUAUUUACAAGAUAUGAAUUGCCAAAAUUGGAUUGUACUAUGGAAAAAUUGUGGCUUGGGUAUUUAUAAUUUUUCAACGUAUUUAGAAAAAAGUUACUAUGAUGAUUGCUGUAAUUUUUAUUCUUUACUAUGUACAUCAUUAAUUAAAUUCAAUGCAUUAACACGUGAUUUAUCAUUUUUUACAAUUAUCAAUGAGCUACCAUUGUCAUUGAUUAUUGAUCGUUUAACACGUGCACAUUAUAAGAAUGAAAAAUAUCGUGAAGCCAUGAUUACAUCAGCAGUCAAUAUAUUUUUGUAUCAUGAUGAUAUUAAUUUCCAAGGCUAUCGUAUAUGGCUUAAUAUAAAAUAUAAAUAUGCAAAUGUUAAAAAUACAUCUGUCAUUGAUUGUCUUAAAACAUAUAAAUCAAGUAUUGAAGAAUUCAUUGAUUUACCAAUAACACUUGAUGAAGAAAAAAUUAAUAGUAUUAAUUAUUAUGAAAUUAAAAUACUGCAAGAUGGUAUUAUUAAUUUUUCACCAUUAAUUAUUAAAAUACUUGAUGAUAUGGAGACAAUUGAUCAAUUUAAAUAUGUCAAUUGUGUUAAUUAUCUUGGUGGACAUUUAAUGAAAUUUCCAAAUCUUCAAAGUAUUAAAAUUUACUCAACAAAAUAUGAUGAUGAAAAUGGUGGUAAUGAUAAUAGUACUGAUGCUAUAUUAAAUAAUCUUGAUAUUGAUACAUCAAGUACAUUAUUUGACAAGUUAAAAAAAAUAUGGAAAUAUUGGUAUGAUUACUUUCAUGAUAGUGAAAAUGAUAUAUCAAAAGUUGAUAAAACAAUAUUAAAUAUAACAUUAAAAAACAUAAUAACAGCUGGUGAAUUUUGUCGUUUUCAUCAUUAUCAAAAUUUAGAAAUUGAUUUUUGGAAAUUAGCAUAUAAUUUAGCAACAAAAUUAAACAACAAUAUUGAUAUUAUUUAUAUUGUUGGUAGAAGUAUAUCAUCAAAUAAUAUUCAAACAAAAUGGAUAGACAAGUGUGAAAAUAUAAUAAAAAUUAAUUAUAAUAGCUUAAAUAGUAUUAUUGAGUGUAAUGCUAUUGAAACAAUUGCAAUAUUUAAAUUGAGUUUAGCUGAGUAUUAUUAUAAAACAGAACGUUAUAAUAUUGCUGAUAAAUUAUUUAAUGAAGCAGCUGAAUUACCAGGUGUUGAUUUUAAUAAAUAUCUUGGUGUUUAUUUGUAUAGUUUAGAUAUAUCAAUGUCAUAUCGUUUAUUUGAUAUUGAAAAAAAUAAUGAUACACAAAAUAAUUAUCUACGUUUAAUUAUUAAAAGUAUUUAUGCUGGUGCAACAAUAUGGAUUGAUAAUUUCGAUAACAAAAAUUGGACACGUAGACAAUUGUAUUUUGAAUUUGAUUGUUUAUUCACGUAUCUAUCACAUGUUACAAUGAGAAUGUUAAAUUUAACAACUGAAUAUGAAAUUAAAACAAAUUUAGUAUUACGAUUAUCAACACCACAAAAAUUAGCAACGUCAUUACGUACUGUUGAACUAAUUAAAAAUUUAUGUUUCAUUGAUUUGGAAGUUGAAAAUAUUGAUGAUUGCCAAAUCAAAUUACAACUGAUUGAACGUAUAUUGAAAAUUGAAAAUUUUCAUGAUAAUAUUAGCAGCAAUAAUAACAACAAUUAUAAUAAUUAUUGGUAUGAUGAAAAAAUUAAUAAUAAUUGUAAAAAUAAUUAUUUUAUUGAGCCAUCACGUGAUUUACCAAAAAAUGAUACAUCACCAAUUUUGAGAAAAAAAUUAUUUACACUACCAGAAUUUAUAAAACAUGAUAAGCAUUGUCAAUGUUUUAAAUGUACAAAUGUGUAUUAUAAAUUUUUAGUAUUUUCAACGACUUAUAUUCAUGCAAAAUUAUAUGCACUACAAAAUGAAUAUAAUUAUUCGUUAAUAUUUUAUACUGGUGGUUUAAAUUUGAUUCGUAAGUUAAUAGAUUUUACAAACAAAAAUACAAGCUAUGAAUAUUUCAAUGUAAUUGAAGUUGUAUAUUUUUUAUUGGAUUAUUCAAAGUUACUUGAAAAAAUUAAUCCGGGUAAUGAUAACUCGUAUGACAUUGCUCGACAAGGAUAUUUACUUUGUGAGAAAUAUAAAUUUCAAUGUCAUCCAGUUUGGAUUGCUAUUAAUAAUUGGCUGUAUGAAUUAAAAUAUGUUAAAGUAUUAUCAUUGAAUGAUGAUAAUAGCAUGAUAAAUAUUGUUGAUAUUGAAAGUUCGAAAUUAACACUUGAUGUUGUUGAUGAAACUAAUGAUAAAGAAUAUUAUAUGACACCACAAAAAAAUAUUGGUAAUUUAUUAGCAGCUGGAAGAACAAUUAAUUUACGUGGUAAAAGACCAGUUCCAAUAUUGACAUUGUCUAAAGUUAAUUCAAUUGAAAUAUCAUCUGAUGAUGAUGAUGAUAUUAUUGAUAAAAUAGAUAAUCUUAAAUUGGAAAAGAAAAAAAUUAAUAGACCAAUACGUAGAAAAUUUUCCGAAUCCGAAUUUAUUGAUGAUAAAAUUUCGAAAGAAAAAAAUACAGUUACCAAGUCAAUAAAUAAAAAUAAAAAAACAAGUAAUAUUCAAACAAAUAAAAUAUUCAAUGAUGAUAGUAGUGAAAAUGAUUUCGAUUUUCCAAUAAAUGAACAAUUGGAAAAAGAAAAAAAUAAAAUUAUUCCACCAUUACCAUCAAGAGUUUUAAAGUCAAAUACAUUACAAGUUUUAUCAUCAUCAUCGUCAUCAAGUACAUCAGAUAAAGUACAAAAUAUAUCAUCAAAUUAUGAUACAUCACUUGAAGGUUUAAUUGAUGAAGCAACGGGUAUUUUAAUAAAAAUUAAAUUCCCUGAUGAUGAUUCGAAAGAAUUAGUUAGUAAUAAAUUAAUUAAUUUACGUGCUAGAGAUUCAACAAAGAAACCAGCUAAACUUCGACAUGUUGAGGCAUUACUAAUGAUUUUGCAAAAUGAUAUAAAUAAUGUAACAAAUAAUAAUCGUAGUUCAAGAAAAAGUAAAGCUCCUGAAGUUGAAUCAUUGAUUCAUAAAUUAAAAGAAAUUAUUGAAAAUAGUAAAUCAAUUGGAUCCAGCAUUGUUACUGAAAAGCCAACACAAUUAAAUGACAAAAUUGAAUCAAUUACAGUUAGAAGAGAUAAAAAAACAAGUGAAUCAUCAGUCAGCAUUGAAUCACUUACAGAUAAUAUUGAAAAAAUGUCAAUUAAAUCAAAUAAAAAUUCAAAAAUAUUAGCUGAUUCACGUGAGUCUGUUGGUACCAUGGCUAGUGAUGAUGAAGUUGUUGAAUCUUCUAUCAUUGAACCAAGACGUUCAAGAAGGCUUUUAAAAAAAUCAAAUAAAUAAUAUAUAUAUACAAUAAAGUUCCACUUGAUAAUAUUAAUAAA